CUCCAUAUCUCAAAUUCAACAUCAUCUUCUUUUCAUCAUAACCAUGGUAGCACUCUGGCACAUAGAAACAGCUUUUAUUCUGUGGUUUGGUUGCACGAUUGUUAAAAGGGCAACGUCUCCAUUGACACCAAGUGCUUAAUCUUCCUUUUGGUGUGACAGUAGAAAAGUAUCUUCCUAAACGAGUAUAUAAAGUAUUACCCUUCGAUCCUUGAAAUAUAAGUCCAUGUUUGCAUCCUUCUUUCUCCCUUCUUUUGACUCUCUCCCCACCUUCUUUAAUAAAAACAAAUGGACACACAUGUGGUUACCCCGCAGCAUCAGCUAGGGCCUAUCAGCGACGAGCAACAGCAACAAGUACCAGCACCAACCAAAGACGCUCUCGCUCCUCUGACCGAUGAAGACAUGUGGAAAGACAUAGCCUCCAUAAGCAGCCAUUCUGAUACAACGAUAACAAGCGCUUCCUCAACAAACUCCUCGUUGACCUCUUCAAACAGCAAACCUCUACCUCCACCUCUCAAUGAAGAAUUACCGCCAUCCAAACGCCAACUGAUUGCUGGCCACCUGCGGUCCAUCAUCAUUGCCUUUCUCCGAUGGGCAAGCAAGGGCAACAAUUGGGCCCUGAUCAUUAACCUGUUGCACCACCUGUGGGGUGCACGCAAACUCGUCUUUAACAAAAAGUACUAUUACCGAACACUCAAAGAAACACAGCCUAUUGCUCGUGAUGCCGUGCAUGCUUCCGUCGGUGCUAUGCAUCUCACUUUUGCAACUUUGACCGGACUCGCAAUGAAGCAUCGCCGACUGUCAACCGACCGAUCCACACUGUUGGUAUUGACCUUGGCCGCCAUUGGCCAAGCCUGGGCUUAUGCUGUAGCCUUUUGGAAUUCUGGAGCCAAGUACACGAUCCGUGGAUUGCGGCACUCGGGGGCUCUUGAUGCAGUUGUAUUUGCUGUUUCUAGUAUAGCAUUUUCCAAAACCGUACGGCGUUCAGGGCGAUUAUUAUAAAUUUAAAAAGAGGUACCAACUUGUCUUAUCCUAACCCAUUCUUUCUCCCUUUUACCUAAACCCAUCCCUCGCUCUCUCUCUCUCUCUUUCCUCUCUCCCGCGUUGUUUUUCAUUGCUCCUUUUAAACAUACAACAAACCAUCAUCAUCCUAUAGU